UCAUCUUUUUUCCCCAAUUCUCGAGUUUCUAGGUUUUUGUGUAUUCGAAUCGGCGUUCAAUGGAGGAAUCAACGGCGGAAUCGACGGCAGCAAACGCCGAUACUCUGAAGGUGGAGCUAAAGAAGCUACUGAUUGAGAUUUUGUCCAACGGAGGAGGAGAAAUUGAAGAUCGCGGUGAGAGUGACGCAAGUUCUGGAGUCUUGAAAGCAAUUGACGAGGCGAUUAGACUCCUGAAUCGUCUGAGAGAAGUUGAAUCGAAGAAGCCUGAAUCUGACAUCCCAUCUUCUUCGUCUUCUCAGUCGCCUAAGGUGGAAGUGCCGAAAGAGUUCAAAUGUAUACUCUCGAAUGCGAUCAUGAUCGAUCCUGUAACCAUCGCCUCUGGGAAUACCUAUGAGAAAAGCUAUAUCACGGAGUUGCUGAAGCAUGCACCUAAAUGUCCCAAAACCAACGAAGUCCUCUCUCACUCAUUGUGUACACCCAACCAUUUGCUCGAUGAGUUGAUUACCAAGUGGUGUAUAGACAAUGGAUAUGAUCGUCUAAAACCACCUCAUGAAGUAGUCACUGAGCUGUCAAGAGAUGGAGUAGAGUCACUGCUCCAGAGGAUCUCUUCUCCCUCCUCAGAUGAAGAUCAGAACGAAGCUGCAAAGGAGAUACGCUGCCAGACCAAUAAGUUUCCCAGUGUCCGAAAUCGCUUUGUUGCUCUACACCCUGGAGCUAUCACCACGUUGAUCCGUCCACUUUCGAAUUUCAUCACGAAACCGGAGCUUCGAGAGAAUAUCAUCACAGCAUUGUUCAACAUCUCGAUUGUUAUGGAGAAUAAAGAAGCAAUUGCCCAAACCGAUAACGUGGUCGGAGAGCUCAGAUUUUCUCUGUCAUGUGGGACAAUGGAGUCACGAAGAAACUCUGCAUCGACUUUCUUGUCACUCUUAGCUAUUGAUUCUAACAAGGAAAUCAUCGGGAGCAAACUAAUGCUGAUUGGUUUGGGAAGCCUUAUUGGUGAGGGUGAAACGGUAACCUCCUUGGUAGCCGGUUCCGUGGUGUAUCAGCUCUGUCAAGAUUUAAAGUACAGGGAAAUGGCGACUUCUGCGGGUGUGGUUCCGGCGCUAAUGGGGAAGAUCGAAGCAGGAAGCUAUGCGGCUGAGUUUUUGAUUGUCUUGGCAUUACUUACUACAUACGAGCGUGGGGUUAAAGAAAUGGAGAAGCGUCCAGAGUUUAUCAAACAUCUGUUCAGUAUCUUGAGGAAACGGAGUUGCUUAAUGUCUUGCGAGAACGCUGUAUUGAUCGUCAUUAACAUGUGGAACCUGGGUAGAGUGGCAAUAGUCAAUGAAGAGGAGAAUAAACACGCGACAUUUGCAAUGCUCAGGAAGGAAGAAUCAUCAGUGAGUCUAGCUACGAAUGCAGAUAUGGUUUUACAGUGGCUCAAGGUAUACGGUACAGGUAAAGCUCCAGCGAUAGAGUGAAAAGGACUACACAAAUCAGGUCUUGUUGAUACAUAGAAGAUAGUUUUUGAAAAGUUACUCUUUGGUACAUAUAUACAGAUCCAAAAUAUAGAAAGUUUAUAGAGAU